GGGCAUCGUGGUAUUUAUGUCAAUUCAAUGUGUUUGUGCUGUUGCUCCUAAAUAUUAACUGUAUGUGGAUUUUCUUUAUGGCGAAUGUCCGAACGUUUCGCGCGAGAGUAUGUAUAAUGAUGGUUGAAUUGGAAUGCAUGACCCCCUCUGUGCACAACAUCUUCGCCGAGGCAUUAUACCGAUAAAUCAAGUUGGUCACACUGGUUUAGCGGUCGAGACUGUCGACCUUGAUCUUGUCUGCUUGUCAUCGAGAAUGUUUACGCAUUACAAGGCUACAUUUGGAGAUUAACAACAACAACUGAAUGGUACAAAUGCACAGUGCCUGCCAAGGGAGAGAUAUAAUGCGUUCACGCUAGGAUUAGCUUUUAUCCGAGUGCAAACUCCAAAACAAUGGGGAAUACAGGGUGCAGUGAGUUAACCCUCAGCACCACCCGUCAGCAUGAUCAUGGAGUUGACUCCUCGCAGUUCGCGGCAGCAGUGUAAAAGGCACCUUCAGGGCGAUGGACAAUCUUAGGGAAGUAGGCUCAUUCAGGUCUUUGGCCACAGGGGACAGUCGCAGCACAAUGCCGAUCACGAGUAGGUCGGAUCCUGAGCCGGGAGAUGUAGGAUUACCCCGAGCGCCUUGUUCAGACGCGGGGCUUGCUUUUAGAAUUCAUACUUUAUCGUCAACAUGAGCAACUCACUCCCGAAAAAUGCUAGUGACAAUCCAUGUGAGAGAUCCGGUAAAGACGCAUCUCGGCCUUCUUUC